CUCCCUCACCUCCUCGCUCUGUUUGGCUUCACGCGACACACCUGUCAUCUUCAGCCCCUCUGCUCUCUGCUGUGGCUCUCCCACAGUAAGUGAGAAGCAGAAGUGGAGGAAGAGGACUCCAGAUAGAGGGAAACAGUAGAGCUUCAGGUUGACUCAGACCAGGAGUGAAUCACACCGCAGAGCAGGUAGUGGCCUGACAUGCAGUCAGUUAGGAGGCUGCUGGGGAUUUCCAUGUUUAGAUCCUGCUGACUGCUACUGCUGCAGUUCCCAGUCUCCUGAGAGAUCGUGCCGGACCCUCCCCCUAAUUUCUCUAACCUGCUCAACUGUUCUCAAGUGGAUAACAUUACAUUACUGCUACUGCAUUUUUUUCUCUCCUCACUUUGAGAUUUAAUCUCUGCAGACGACACAUAUCUUCCUCUGUUUAACGCGAUAGCAGCUCUCUGCAGACUGUAUCUGCUGGGUUGGCUGAAACACACCAUGCAGAGGAGUCCCCACUCAGCUGAUACAGCUGCUCAGCAGCAAAGGAGUGAAGCUGGGUCAUCCAAUAGUUUCAAAGCCCUUGGAUGCCAUGAGCAGCUGGACCCCAAGGACAGCCUGGAGUCCGAGGACCCCGGAGAAUACUGUUAUGGUGGGUACCACCCUGUCCAGAUCGGCGACACCCUCAACAGAAGGUAUCAGGUGGUGUCUAAGCUUGGUUGGGGCUAUUUCUCAACUGUCUGGCUGUGUCUGGACCACAGGCUUGGUCGACACGUGGCUGUGAAGGUGCUGAAGAGCGGAGCAGGCUUCACCCAGGCGGGGCAGGAUGAGCUGGCUCUCCUACGAUGUGCGUGUGGCCCUUUGAGCCGUCAUCCUUCCAGGCCAAGGAUAGUUCAGCUGCUCGAUGACUUCAAGCUGGCUGGGGUCAACGGGGUCCACAUGUGCCUGGUGCUGGAGCUUCUGGGGCCUGAUCUCAGAUGCUGGCAGCUAUGUUUUGGGGAUCCAGGACUGUCACGGCUGUGGGUCAAACAAAUUCUUACUCAGGUCCUGCAAGGCCUGGACUACCUGCACACCCGGUGUAAAAUCAUCCACACUGACAUCAAGCCAGAGAACAUCAUGCUGUGCCUGGAGGGGCAGUCCCAAAACGCACCAGCAGGGGCCAGUAUCUCCUCCUCUCCACUGACUGGGAAGGAGUCUUCGUCCAAGUCCACAGAGAAGGAGCCUGUGAACCCUUCCAGUUUGAAGGAAAUUAAAGUGAAGAUUGCUGACCUUGGCAGCUCCUGCUGGGUGUACAAACAUUUCUGUGAAGAAAUCCAGACACGACAGUAUCGUUCACUAGAGGUUUUACUGGGAGCUGAAUAUGGUCCGCCAGCUGACAUCUGGAGUGUUGCCUGCAUGGCGUUUGAGUUUGUCACUGGAGACUCGCUGUUUGUACCCAAAUCCCGCGAGUCCUUUUCCCUGGAGGAAGACCACAUAGCCCAGAUCACGGAGCUCCUGGGUAAAAUCCCACCAGCUGUUGCUUUAUCGGGCAAAUACUCAGCAGAUUACUUCGGGCGCCGAGGUGAACUGCGUUGUGUCGGUCCGCUGAGGCUCUGGAGCCUUUAUGAGGUUCUCGUGGAAAAAUACCAUUUCCGGUUGGAGGAGGCCCAUGGUUUCUCUGAAUUCCUUCUUCCGAUGUUGGAUUAUCAUCCCAAGAAGAGGGCCACUGCUGCAGAGUGCCUUCACCACCCCUGGCUGACCUCCUGAUAGGCCAGUGGAAGGCCUUCAUGUGGGCCUCAUCCCCAUCCAUAGUCCUCACAGCCAGAUGCUGUCAACAGCAAGAACUGGAUCAUUUUAGGCCACCAUUGAAUUUUUUGAAGACACUUUGUUUGUUGCUUUGGUAUUAGAAUUCCUUCAGUUGUCCUUACUCAGCAUCAGGGAAGGAAUAAUACUAAGGAAUAAGGAUUAAGAUGCUCCUCUCCAGUGAAGCCCUGCUAUGCAUUAUACUUUUAGAUAUUUUUUUGUGUCGCUAAAUUUUAUUGUUAGACCUCAUCGAGUCCAAUUUGAUGCAAACCUUGAGUGCAGCUACUUUAUUAUCCAGUCAAAUUGAAUGUCACCAAACAAAUAAAAGAAUGUCACUAAUAUGAUUUGAUUUAUUGUUUAUCUUUGUUACAGUGUAAUAAACAGCUUUAAGGGAUAAAGACAGAAUAAUUGCAGCGCAAGUAGAAGUCUAUUGUAAGUCUAUUUUAUUGAUAUGAACUCAGAUCAAACACUUUUUUGUGAAAACAUUUUUAUUAGAGGGAUUUUAAAUCUGUACGAGUACAAGCUAAGGCUGUCAUAAUAAAUACUUACUCAGAAUGUUUUUUUUUAGAAAAUAAAGUAUCACUAAAUAUUCCGUAAAGGGAUAAAGGAUCAAACAUGUUGUGGAAGGGCGCCUCCUGCUGCUUAAAGAACAAAACUCCUGAUCAUAUUUGAACCUGACUGAAGCUGAAGAGAUCAAAAUGUUUUCUGGUCUGUUUUGUUCCCCCUCUUAUUUUUUUUUUAUGCAGAACACCUUUAUCUUCCGUGUGUCUUGCUCCAGUAAUCAAUGGGGAGGAAUCCUUCACUCUGUUUUGAAUAUUUAACGCUGCACUUAACAAAAGUUUCAUGUAAACAGUGGAUGAAAUGACAGUGUUGUGAGAGGUGGUCACUCAAUCCAUGCAGACAUUUUUAAGCUCUAAUGCUGGUGCUGACUACAACGUUAAAAAUAAAAACAACUUAAUGGAAAACAUU